CUACGCCGGCAACAAGACUCAUCCCAGGAGAAAACGGAGGCUAUAGACUGACAGGCGUCUCAGCACAUCGUUUAUGUCCGUACUUCCUAUCAUCAUCUGGCUGUUUGUUGUGGUUUCUGUUAAUUAAUGCUACUGGCAUUAAGGUCAAAUCAGUUCAAAGCGCUGACCUUUACACUUUAUUUACAAUGCCGCAAGUUUAUUGAUGUGAUCAUUCGGUUGUUUCAAUGCAGAAUUCCCGCGAUUAAUCGACAUCGCCCAGGAGGGAUUAAUUUCCAAGGUCCUAUUGACGGCGCACAGAAACUUCUCCUCCUGGCGCUCGAAGGAUGCUCCCGCACUGCGCCCAGUCCUGCCUCAUGUCACCGUGUCACCCAACUCAACUUUAAGAGCAGAGGGCAGGUCCGAUUUAAGCCUUUCCCAGACUACCGAUAAGAAGGAGAUUUUUUUUGCCACUCUUUCUAAUCCGCAAGUGAACAUGUCUGCAGAGGAGGCGUACGUGGCGCGGCCGUUCAGGCUGAUCGCGCUGUUUUGCGCUUUCCUCGCCCUGUGUCUGGACGCCGUGGCUCUGUGGAGCCCCUCCUGGGUGACCGCCGAGAGCUUCUCGCUGUCGCUGUGGGAGUCUUGCAGGAGAACCGCGUCCGCCUGGCGCUGCACCUCCACGCUCAGAUCCGACUGGCAGGUGGCCACCCUGGUGCUGCUCCUGGGGGGGUCUGCGAUGACCCUGUCGGCCUUCAUCGUCGCCCUGAUCUCGCUGUGCCGGGGCACUCACAGGAAGUGCUGUCGCACGGUGGCCGUCUUCCUCUUCACCGCAGUCGUCCUCCAAGCCUGCGCACUGGUCCUGUACCCCAUCAAGUUCAUCGACGGCACGGUCCUGCAAACCUACCACGAGUUCAACUGGGGCUACGGCGUGGCCUGGGGGGCCACCGUCUUCAUGCUGGGCGGCGGCGUCCUCUUCUGUGUGCGGCUGGGCGCGUACGAGCCCCCCCUUUACUGAGCCGUACUUUAUGCAGCCGCACCCAUGUCAUUCCACCUUCCUUUUAAACUGAAGAGGCCGGUCUGCUCACUAUUCUGAGCUGCGGUUACUGGCUGCCCAGUGCACAGGACAGAGGAUGAGGAGGAGGGAGAUUCUGAGCCCCCGCUCCCUCUGGGGCUGGGAUUGGCCCUCCAGGUGAAGAGCAGAUGCCCGGCACCCUCUCUAGGACGCCUGUAAUCCCAUCAGCAACAAACGGCGUUUUUGUUCUGCUAUGUUUUUUCAUUAAUGUCUGAGUUGACGUAGCGACUUCUGAUAUCUUUAGUCUUUCCCCCCUCAUCUCCAGCACCUGCUGUCAGAGUUUCUGUAGCGGCGGCAGGCCUGUGCAGGCAGACGGAAGGAUGUGUGCGAUCGACGGCCAUUCAUCUCUCUCACACACACUGUGAAUGACAAUAAAAUGUUCAGAUGCUG